AUGCUACGCAGAACGGCCGGCGAGCUGCUCAAAAAGAGCCCGAACGAUGUGGUUAUUCUAUCCGCCGUGCGAAGUCCCAUAACACGGGCGUUUAAGGGUGGCUUCAAGGAUCUCUAUCCCGAGGAGAUCUUGAUGCCAGUCAUGCAAGCGGCCGUUCAACGAGCCAACAUCGAGCCAGGCCAAGUCAACGACGUCCUCAUCGGUAACGUCCUAGCAGAGCUGGGCUUCGCCAAAACCGGUCGCAUGGCACUCAAUGCUGCUGGAUUUCCCAACUCAACCACCUUCCACACCGUCAACCGUCAGUGCUCGAGCAGUCUCCAGGCGAUCACGCAUAUCUCCCACUCGAUUCUCGCGGGGCAAAUCGAUGUUGGUCUUGCCGGCGGGGUGGAGAAGUCAUCAGUGAAGGAUGCCCGUGACUGUAUCAUGCCAAUGCUGCAGACUUCUGAGAACGUUGCAUCGCGGUAUGGGAUCAGUCGGCGUGAACAGGAUGAGUUCGCUGCGGAAAGCCAGAGGCGGGCGAGUGAGGCGCAGAAGGCGGGCAGAUUCAAUGAUGAAAUUGUUCCUAUUCGUGCUAGACAUGUCAGCGAGGGCAUUGAUGAGAUCACGUAUCAGGUUGUGGACCGUGAUGAGGGUGUUCGUCAUGGAGCUACCGUCGAGAAGCUAUCAACUCUCAAGCCCGUUCUGGAAAAUGGGUUCAGCACGGCUGGAAACUCAUCUCAAAUAUCUGACGGCGCAUCAUGCACCGUUCUCGCUCGCCGGUCCUGGGCUGAUGCUCAUGCCCUGAAGCCUGUUGCCCGUUUUGCUGGUACACAAAUCGCUGGCUGCGCUCCCGAUGAGAUGGGCAUUGGCCCUAUAUUCGCCAUCCAAAACCUCUACAGAUAUCUCGGUAUCGAGAACAAGGACGUUGAUCUCGUGGAGAUGAACGAGGCGUUUGCCAGCCAGUCCAUUUACUGCCUUCGAGAGUUGGGCAUUGAUAUGAGCAAAACCAAUUGCAACGGCGGAGCUAUUGCGCUGGGUCAUCCUGUGGGUGCUACUGGUGCGCGACAAACUGCUACCCUUCUUGCGGAGCUACGCCGACAGGAUAAAGAAGUGGGCAUCGUGAGCAUGUGUGCGAGUACUGGUAUGGGAGUCGCAUCCCUAUUCAUCCGCGAGUAG